AUGAAUUCCACCAUCCAACGCGGGAAGAGGGAUCGUAUGUCAAUGUGGACAAAGCCAAAAAAAUCAAUGAAGAAGAAGUCAUCGACAGGAUUGAAAAAGGCGCACUGCACCCUAAAAUGCCAAAUUGAGAGCUGCCAAAAAGAUGUGCCGACUUAUUCCAGCAACUGCGUGGUGGAACAUAUUUGUGGGCACUCAAAAUCGAAACUCUUCAAAUGCAUACUGUGCAACCACACGGAGAGGCAUCGGCGGCAAAUUCGAGAGCAUUAUUAUGAUGCUCACAAAUCUUUCCGAUCGAUUCCCAAGUAUGAUAUAACAUCAACACUGAGGCGACCAGCAUUUCAAAAAACAUUAAAGGAGUGCUUUGGAGACAAAGUCACCCUUGUGGACAACCAACUCCAAUAUGAUGUUGAACAAGUUCCAACAGACGCCAACCAAUCCGAUAUGUUAUCGGAUCCGGAGUUUGAAAAUCCAAUUGAUGAUGGGAACAAUGAUGCUCUUGAUAUCGACGACUUUCCGCCAAGUGGAAGCAACGAGCGAAGCGAAGAUACCAAUAUUGUAAUUGACGAGAUGGAGGUUGACGAGAUGGGUGAAGGUUGCUCGAAUGAAGUAGUGGUAAUCAAGAUCAAAUUCCCAAGCUUCCUAUUGCUGGAGAACUCCGGAAGCGACUGCUUCAUGAACGGGAUGUUGAACAUCCUCAAUCGUUGCCGAGGACUCCAGAACUGCCUCCCGGCCCCCGGCACAUCUGAAGUGGCCGACAGACUCAGAGACAUUCUCUCGCGGCAAACAAGAUCAGCAAAAAGACUGCGAGAACUCCUGCCGGCCAGUUUCCAUAAGUUCCAGCAGGAUAUCACGGAAGUGUUCCCAAUUCUGAUGGAGAUGCUGACCAAGGAUGUCACCAUGGAACCCAUCCAAUUUCUCCAGCAGGUCGUCCACAAAUGCGACAGAUGCAUGACACAGCAACCAGAGGCGCCAACAUACGAGUGCAUUUCCGAUCUGUUCAUUCAUUACGAUGAAGCCUCCCAGCUAAUGCCGACGUUCGCCGAUGCGUUCUCAUGCACUUACACCUCUGAUGCCGAGAAGAACUGUAGAGGGGCGAGAUGUGGAGGGCGACUAAGCAACACAAAACAGAUCAGCCCCAUUGGAGAUUAUCAUGUGAUGUUGAUACACUCGAAUAAUGGAAGAAUUCAAGAUCUGACCACCAACUCGAUUGUCUCGAUGUUUGGGUCUCAGUGGAAGAUUGUGGCAUUUGUGGCGCACAUUUCACAACGAAAUGGUGAAAACGUGGAGUCCAAAACCGUUCCUGAAAAUUCUGAAAAUCUAGACAACUCUGAGAUCGAAGAGCUGCCGAAAAAGAAACAGCCCAAAAAUCAAGGCCAUUAUAAAACAUGGGUGGAACAUAACAGGAAAUGGACACGAGUCAAUGAUAACAUGGCUGAAAGGACACACAGAAGAACAUUGGACUUGUCUCGUUUCAAUGUUAAAGUAAUCCUAUUCGAGAAGGUCAAAGAUGCCCGUGGAGAAGAGUCAGAUGUGGAAGAGCCGGAUAAUGAAACUCAAGACGGUUGGAGAAAACUAAAGAAUCAUGUUUAUAAAACUGACGGAGAAGAAUCGGACAAAGAAGACGGUAAUCAAUCUGGCUUACUCUCCAAUCUAGCUGAAAUCAAUCGGAAAAGAAAAAGAAACUUGAAGGAACACGUACAUUGGAAAAAACGCGGAGAUUUCAAGAAACAAAUCAUUUCCUCUACUGGUGAUAUGGAUUAUUCCGACCAUGAUGCACCGGAAGUUAUUAGAGUAGAUGAUCAAGAUGAGAUGGCUUCCACGAGUGCUGAUCCAACUGUCCCAACAGACGAGGUGGAAGAUCAAGACGUUUUCAGAGUUGACACUGGAACUUCCUCAAAUGCUGAUCAAAAUCCCUCAACAGACGAUGUUGAACGUCAAGACGUCGAGGAUGGUCAAGACGUCGAGGAUGACCAAUAUGUGGAUGAAGCCAGAAAAGGAAGAUAUCAUGGAUCAUGGCAGCGAAGUUCCUAUCUGAAGUACCCUGGAAUACCGUCUAGAAAGUUUUCUUCUGCAGACAUGGAACGAUUUGACAAGGAUGAAGACACGCAAUGGAGUGUUCAGACUUGUUUCGAGCACCGAAAAAAUUCCCAACUUGUCCAAGUUUUGUAUGUUGGCUGGGCAUGUGACACGAUUGACAACGUGCACAUCAAAGAGUUCAGGGAAACAAGUCAAGAAGUGAUCGACAAUUUCACAAUCCGAAACAAUUUCUUGAAGAGAAUAAAGGAAAUGGAAAGAGGAAACAUCGAAAUCCAAAAGUCGGUCAACAGAGAAAUGAUACCCAGUUCAGAGCUUCGUGCGAGUCCAGCACACCUAUUCUGGCUCUACCAGGAUUUAACAUAUUUUCAUUCCUUGAUGCACCUGGACAAGGACAUGGCCGCCUUCUUUUACAUGUGCUUGAGGGAAAAGAUGGUGAAGCCACCAUGCUUCAAGUACAUAACCUCAAAUGUGGCCAAUGAAAAAGUAAAAUCCAUCUGCGAAAAUAAUCCUCUCAACACGACGUACGCAAAGCUGAAAAAAGAUCAUCCCGCAAUAAUUGGAAAAUCGAAUCCAUCUUGUGAGAACUCGAAGGAGUGCAAGUGUGGCUUCAUCCGUGAGGUUCUCUUCAAAAGAUCUCAAUGGAAAGUCUACUCCUACAACAUUGAUGGCCGAUUGAAUUUGAGCGGCUACAAUUUCGAGCAAGAACGAAUAGUGAUCGAAUGCUCGGACGCCUGUGGCUGCUCAAAAAAGUGUCCCUGCCGAGCCCUGCAAAGAGGACAGCAGAAGGUUGUAGUAGUGUACUAUGAGGAUGAAUUGAGAGGAUUCGGUAUGCGAGCGGCGGAGAAGAUCAAAGAAGGAGAUUUUGUUUGCGAAUAUGUUGGAGAUAUAAAAGUGGCCAAGGAGAACCAGAAGGGCAAAAAGCGAGAUGAGAGUUAUGAUGCCGCCUUGACUGUUUUCGAUAAGGAGCUAGCUAUUUGCUCGGCGAAUAUUGGAAACAUCUCCCGGUUCAUGGCUCAUGCCUGCUCACCGAGCGCCACUUUUAUGGAGGCGUACAGCCGGGAGAGUGAAGCCGGCCCCGUCGUUCCCCGCAUCGGUGUGUACGCCCUGAAGGACAUCGAAGUUGGAGAGGAGAUCACGAUAUCAUAUUUCGGAAAAAAGUUGCUGCUUGAGGCCACCCAAGAAGCCAAAAUGACAGGAAAGGGCACCAAGUGCGGGUGCAAAGAAAGAGGAGUCUGCUCCAACUACCUCCCAAUGAGAUCAUAA